AUGUCCGAAUGGGUCCAGAGGACAUCUAAUCUCUUCACAACCGGCUGUCGACAGGCAUUCACCACAGAUACAAAAAUUGACUGCUCCUCGUUUGAAAAGCAGUCAAAAACACUACUUCUUGGUCCGUCUCCACCCAUUCAACGGAUUCGGGCACCAUCUUUGCUGGCACGACAAUCCACGAUUUGCUCCGCAUCAUGUUCGACCUCUUGCUAUACGAGCAAUAUUCAGUACAAUCCUCAAGACUGCUAUGACCUCUCAGGAUGGAUGUGGGCCCGAGCCGGGCAGUACCCAGUCAAGCCGCUAGAGAAAAUCGUGAUGACAUGGAGAUCUUGUGUGUACGCAUUCACCAACGAACAGCAGGAGAGUGUGACAUGGUGUGACUCGCCAUGGGCGAAGAUUGGAGUUGACUUGGUUGGUCCGUGUCAGGGAGCCAACGGCGGUGGAGGCGUUUGCACGGGACAAGGUUUCAGAGCAGAAGUACUUUCUUCCGACAAUCCCACCAACAGUUCGACACCCUACAUGUCUGCAACCUCUCUAGCAACGAGAACUAGCUCAACCAGGUCACAAGUUCCGACAGAGGUGCCUCUUCCUUUGAUUCCCUCCAUCUUCCCCUCCGCCUCAGGGUAUGGUGGCGAACCCAAUAUAAACGUCAUACCAGUGCUCGUUGGCAUCAUCGCGGCGAUUACUUUGUUCUUGUUGGCUAUUAUGUGCUACUGCGUCGUUUGGAGACGAUCCCGGGAACGUGGGCACAUUCUCCCGAGCGACGAUGGACACAGAACUCGGGAAGAGACCUUGACAAACUCGUAUCCCAUGUUUGUAAAAGGAGGUACAAAGUCGACUACACGAGGAAUAACCUCCCAUACAGCCUCGCAGACAACCAUCAGAGGGACCACCUCUACGCGCUCGCGAUCACGAUCACGAUCACGAUCCCAACCGCGAGCUAUUUCCAAGAUCUUUACGCGAUCUCAGGAAGAACCCGUCCCUUCCCUUCCGGAGCCGGCACGCACGGGCCCUGUGAAGGAAACGGACGGAGGAAGUCGACCUCAGACGAGCUCACGCGGGCCGACGCGACUUUCCACCUAUACCCUCGACCUAGACCCCUUCCGCGCGUUACGCAGGGUCAUCUCCAAACGGUCCGCCAAGAGUAGGAGUGCUACGCCUGCUCCUGUUGUCUGA